AUGGCUUUACUAGCCCUCCUCCAAGAUGGAGAAACUAUACAUCCAUUAGUCCUACUGCCAGUUUUGGCUCUAGUCUCGGCAAUCGGAUAUAUUCUCUUUCGAGUUGUCUACAACCUUUUCUUCAAUCCACUGCGCAAAUUUCCCGGUCCGAAGCUCUGGGCCAUCUCCAACAUUCCCUACACGCGGAUGUUUCUUUCUGGCGAAGGCCAUUUCAAGAUACUUCAGCUACAUCAGCAGUAUGGUCCCAUCGUGAGAAUUGGUCCAAAAGACCUUUCUAUCAAUCAUCCUGAUGGAAUGAAGGAUCUUCGUGGUCAUCGCAAGGGUGGAACUGGGGAGAACUCCAAGGACCCAGUCAUUGCUCAAUUCAAUCAUGACAACAUCAUCGGCGCUGAUCGACAAAAUCAUUCGCGUUUCCGUCGUAUUGUUGCUCACGGGUUCUCUCAUCAAUCUAUGCUGGACCAACAGCCUAUCAUAAAAGGUUAUAUUGACAAGUUCAUCAACGGGCUUCGUGAGGUAUGCGAAAAUGGCACAAAACCCGUCAAUAUAGCUGCAUGGUACAACUUUGCCACAUUUGAUAUUAUUGGCGACUUGGCAUUUGGUGAGCCCUUUGGUUGUCUCGAUAACAGGGAACUCCAUCCUUGGAUCGCCCUCAUUUUUGACGGUAUCAAAGACGGAGCGUACCUGGGAUGCCUUGCCCGAAUGGGUUGGCUAGGAAAGGUCAUCACAGCCCUGGCGCCAAAAGGAUCAGACUCAAAAUGGGCGGCCCAUGUGAAUAUGGCGCGUGAUAAGGUGCGCAAGAGACUUGACACGAAGAAGGAACGCCCUGAUUUCAUCGAUGCCAUGCUAAAAAGAACGGGAGCCUCUGGUAAUGAAAUGACUUUCGAUGAACUCUCUUCCAACGCACAAAUUCUUACCGUGGCUGGGUCUGAAACCACCGCGACGUUACUCACAGCCACCACGUACUUCUUGGCUAGCAACCCCGAAACAUUGAAGAUACUCUGCGACGAAGUUCGAUCAUCCUUCAAGUCGGAAAGUGAGAUUGAUAUGAUUAGCGCACAGCGCUUAACAUACAUGCUGGCUGCCCUGAACGAGACUCUUCGUAUCUUCCCACCUGUUAUUAAUGGACUUCAGCGCAAGAUCCGUGAUGAAGGAGACGUCAUCAUCAAUCAGUUCAUCCCCGGUGGAGCCUCAAUGGACGUUUGGCAAUGGGCUGUCUACCAUAACCCUGACCACUUUACGCUUCCUAACGAAUAUCACCCUGAACGUUGGCUGGAUGACCCACGAUUUGCGAACGACGCGAAAAGGGCACUGACACCCUUUUCAGUUGGCCCCAGAGACUGUGUUGGAAAGAAUCUGGCUUAUGCUGAAAUGAGAGUGAUUCUGGCCCGAAUGCUCUGGAACUUUGACAUUAAGCUGGACCCCAGGAGCAUUGGAUGGGAAAAAAGGACCAAGUCAUACUUUAUUUGGGAGAGAGAUCCUCUUAAUGUGAUCCUCACACCACGAGCCCUUCCUGAAUAA